GGAACGGAAUAGCGGAUCGACGAAAUUGAACCAACUUUGGACGGAGUCGCAGAAGUGUUGUUGGACGUGUAGUUGUUACCCAAAGUGACAAAUUGUUUUAAAACGAAGAAAAAAGUAACCUCCCAUUGUACCUAUGGAUAUUUUUAAAGACACGAUUAAGUGAAGGAUCAUUCACGAACGAAGAGGAGAGGUUUCUUAAAGAACGAAGGGUGGAUUUUUAUAUCAAACUGACGACGAGAGAGGAGUAUCUAUAAAACUAGCGAAGGAGGUUUUCUUGCACGCAAGGAAUCGCCAUUAGCCAUUGAAAUGGCCACUUUAUCAUUAAGAAUCUCCAUUGUGGAGAAAAAUCUCACAAAAAUGAUGCAAUUUGAUCCAAGUACAUCAAUUUAUGAUGCUUGUCGAAUUAUUCGUGAAAAAUUAGUCGAAGCAAGCAAUAUGGGUGAACCCAAAGAAUAUGGAUUAUUUUUGGGCGAUGAGGAUGCAAAAAAAGGAGUUUGGCUCGAGCCAGGACGAAGUCUUGAAUAUUAUUUGUUGAGAAAUGGCGAUCUUCUUGAAUAUCGUCGUAAAAUGCGAAUGCUUCGUGUAAGAAUGUUGGAUGGAAUAUUGAAAACAAUACCAGUUGAUGAUAGUCAACCAGUGGCAAAUUUAAUGGUUGUGAUUUGCACAAGAAUUGGUAUCACAAAUCAUGAUGAAUAUUCACUUGUUCGUGAAUUACCCGAUGAGGAGACGGAAAAUCAAAAACCAAGUAAUUUUGGUACACUCACUUUGAAAAGAAAAAAAGAGGAUAAAGGUGAGAGGGACGCAAAAAUGGAUCAAUUACGAAAAAAACUCAAAACGGACGACGAGGUGAAUUGGAUUGAUCCAAGCAAAACUUUAAGGGAACAGGGUGUCGAUGAAACGGAGACGGUUUUGUUAAGGCGGAAGUUUUUCUUCUCUGAUCAGAAUAUUGAUAGUCGUGAUCCAGUGCAGCUUUCGCUUCUUUAUGUUCAAGCAAGGGACGCAAUUCUUGAUGGAACUCAUCCCAUAACUCAAGAAAAGGCAUGUGCUUUCGCUGGAAUUCAAUGUCAGGUUCAAUUUGGAGAUUAUAGACCCGAGAAACAUAAAUCUGGAUUUUUAGAUUUAAAGGAAGUGUUACCGCAAUCAUAUAUAAAAGACAAAGGAAUUGAGAAGAAAAUUUAUGCAGAGCACAAGAAACAUGUUGGUCUUUCGGAAUUGGAUGCAAAAGUUUUAUAUACAAAAAAUGCACGAUCAUUGAGUACAUAUGGAGUGACUUUUUUUCUUGUUAAAGAAAAAAUGAAGGGAAAAAAUAAACUUGCACCACGUUUACUUGGUGUUACAAAAGAUUCUGUACUUCGUCUUGAUGAAAAAACAAAGGAAAUUUUAAAAACAUGGCCAUUAACGACUGUUCGACGUUGGGGUGCAUCGCCAAAUACAUUUACACUUGAUUUUGGUGAUUAUUCAGAUCAGUAUUAUAGUGUUCAAACAACUGAAGGUGAACAAAUUCAACAACUUAUUGCCGGUUAUAUUGAUAUUAUUUUACGUAAACAACAAAAUAAAGAUCAUUUGGGAAUUGAAGGCGAUGAAGGAUCAACAAUGGUUGAGGAUAGUGUUUCACCUUUAAAAGCGACAAUUCUUCAGCACGAGACAAAUAAUAUUGGAAGAGGAAGCGUUGAAGCCGUAUCAGUUGCAAUUCCUGCCGUGAUGAGAGCUGGAGGAGAUGGGGCACGACUUUAUGGAACUGGACAUAUGGGAAGUGCACAAUAUACAACCAUAAGUGGACAAGUGAAUGUCGCCCAUGCUCCACCAACGAUGCAACAAACCAAGGUGACAACUGUUCUCUCAGAACCACAACGUGCCUUACUCUCGACCAUAACUGCAGGUCAUGAAAUCAUUGAAAUUGCAGAAACUGAAUUAAUUACAAGAGCCGAACUUCCAGAAUUGGGAACUGAUGUUGCAUCCCUCAAAUGGAUUGAACGAACCAUUGACACUCAUAAACAAAAUGUUGGCUCACAAAUUGCAGCGAUGAACGCUGCAACAGCACAGGUUGUCACAUUGACUUCAGGUCCUGCUGAUCAUGUUGAUCAUACGGCCGUUGGUGCUGCAAUCUCAACAAUCACCACAAAUUUACCGGAAAUGACAAAAGGCGUGAGAAUGAUAGCCGCUUUAAUGGAAGAUGAACCAUCGGGUGAUCGGCUUUUAGAUGCAGCGAGAAAACUCUGUUCGGCCUUUUCUGAUCUUCUAAAGGCAACGGAACCGGAAACAAAGGAGCCCUUCUAUGUAACUUCUACUCUUUACGGACAAUACCCAAGGCAAAAUUUACUGAAUGCUGCCUCUCGGGUCGGAGAAGCAUCGCAUCAAGUUCUCACGACUAUCGGCGAAGAAGACGAUUCAAAUCGCGAACUACAGGAUAUGCUUUUGGCAUUGGCAAAAGCCGUGGCCAAUACAACUGCCGCUUUGGUACUUAAAGCGAAGAAAAUUGCAAAAACCUUUGAUGAGAAUGAUGAUGCAUCACAAAAUCGUGUAAUAUCUGCAGCAACGCGUUGCGCUCUUGCAACGUCACAAUUAGUCGCUUGCGCUAAAGUUGUUGCACCAACAUUACAUUCACCGGCAUGUCGAUCACAAUUGAUAAACGCCGUUCGUGAAGUGACAAAUGCCGUGGAAAAUCUUGUUCAAGUUUGCAAUGAAACAUGCGGUGAUGAGCAAUUAUUAAAAGAAUUGAGUACAGCAGCUGCCGAAGUCACACGAACACUAAACGAUCUUUUGAAUCAUAUUAAAACGGCGACUCCCGGUGAAAGAGCCAAGGAAUCAAUUCAAGAAGGUGCCGUUGAACAAAUUCUCGUGGCAACGGACAAAUUAUUCGCCAGUAGUGGCGACGCUGGUGAAAUGGUACGUCAAGCACGUGUCGUGGGUCUUGCCACUGCACAAUUAAUACAAAGCAUCAAGGGCGAAGCUGAAAAACAAACGGAUACGGAACAACAACAAAGAUUACUGGCAGCUGCAAAAAUUCUCGCUGAUGCAACAGCAAGAAUGGUAGAAGCCGCCCGUCAAUGCGCAAGCAGUCCACAUGACGCGAGAAAACAAGAUCAACUUCGUCAAGCCGCUGAAGAACUUCGAGUAGCAACAACUGCCGCAGCGACGCCAGCGCUACGGCGAAAAUUGAUAACACGUCUCGAAAGUUGCGCUAAACAAGCCGCUUCAACUGCAACACAAUGUAUGGCCGCGUCAUCCGGAGCCGCUCAACACAACACAAAUAUCGCCAGUCAAGAGGAAUUAAACGCCGAAUGCCGAUUAAUGGCCCAACACAUCCCAAAUCUCGUUCAAGGCGUCAAAGGAACUCUUGCACAACCCGAUAAUCCAACAGCCCAACUAAAUCUCAUCAAUGCCUCGGAACAAUUCCUUCAACCCGGUACAUCAGUUGUUAAAGCAGCUCGAGCCGUACUUCCAACUGUCACCGAUCAAUCAUCCGCAAUGCAAUUAAACAACAGCUCUCAACAAUUAGGAACAUCACUCGGUGAUCUCAGAUCCGCGGUAACACGAGCCAGAGAAGCGUGCGGUGGUCUCGAACUCGACGCCGCCGAAGAACUCAUAAUCACCCUUAAAGAAGAACUUAUCGAAUUUUACAAAGCCGUUGAAACCACAUCCCUAAGACCACUACCAGGCGAAACAACCGAAUCCACUGCUCUUCGUCUCGGCACAACAUCAAAAAAUGUCGGCGUCUCUAUGGCCCAACUUCUCUCAGCCGCCAAACAAGGCAACGAAAAUUACACCGGUAGCGCCGCACGUGAAACCGCAUCAUCCCUCAAAGAUCUAACAUCAGCCGUACGUGGUGUCGCAGCCACAAGUAAUCAACCCGAAACACAAAAAAUGGUUCUCAUGACAGCUGACGAUGUCAUUGAAAAAUCCCUAAAACUUGUCACCGAAUCGCGUCAAGUUCUUAAAAAUCCCGAGAAUCCCCAUAAUGAAGCACAUCUCGCCAAAGUAGCCAAAGAAGUCUCCUAUUCUCUAAACAAAUGUGUCUCCUGUCUACCCGGUCAACGUGAUGUUGAACUCGCCAUCAAACAUAUCGAAGAAAUAAGCCAGGUACUAACAACCCAAGAAUAUCGACAAACAACCAAAAGUUACGGACAAUUACAAAACGAUCUCAAUACAGCGGCUGCUAAUCUAAAUGACGCUUCUUCAAAUCUAGUCUCAUCUGUACGAUCACCAAUACAACUUGCCACAUCGUCACAACAAUUCACCACAGCCUUUGAAGAUUUAUUAAACGUCGGUAUGGAAAUGGCAACCACAACAACAACCGAAACAAGAACACAAGUAAUAAUCUCAAUGAAAAAUGUCACAAUGACAUCGAGUAAACUUCUCACUACCGCCAAAUGUGUCGCUGCCGAUCCAAAUGCACCAAAUGCUAAAAAUCAAUUACAAGCCGCAGCUAGAGCCGUCACCGAUUCAAUAAAUUAUCUCGUUGAUGUAUGCACCUCAGCGGCACCGGGUCAAAACGAAUGUGAUAAUGCAAUUAGAAAUAUUCAAGCAAUGAGAGCCCUACUAGACAAUCCCAGUGAGCCAAUAUCCGAUGCCUCUUAUUUUGAGUGUCUAGAAACUGUCAUGGAAAAAAGUAUGAGCCUAGGUGAUGGUAUGACUGGUGUCGCGAAUCAUGCAAAAAAAUCCGAAUACGAUCAUUUUUGCAUUGCUGUACGUGGAGUAUCAUCAUCAAUUUGUGGAUUAAUUGAAGCCGGCGCUCAAGCUGCCUAUUUAGCCGGUGUCAGUGAUCCAACAUCCGUUGCUGGAAAACCGGGUCUCGUCGAUCAGGCACAAUUUCUUCGUGCCGCACAAGCAAUUCACACAGGUUGUCAAAAUCUCAGCAAUCCAACAAGUACACAACAACAAAUUAUUUCAGCCGCUACAAUGAUUGCAAAACACACAAGCGCCCUUUGCAACGCUUGUCGUCUUGCUUCAAGUAAAACAAGUAAUCCCGUUGCAAAACGACAUUUCGUUCAAUCGGCAAAAGAUGUCGCCAAUUCGACAGCGAGUCUUGUUAAAGAAAUCAAAGCACUUGAUGUCGAUUGUUCGGAAAUGAAUCGUCAACGUUGUGCUGAAGCAACAAAACCCCUUCUUGAGGCAGUUGAUAGUCUUUGUACAUUUGCAAGUUCACCAGAAUUCGCCAGUCAACCAGCUCGAAUAUCAAUUGCUGCACGCGCAGCCCAGGAACCAAUUACAAACGCUGGUAAAUCAAUUAUCGAUGGUCUUUGCGCAAUGCUUCAAUUGGCAAAAAGUCUCGCUAUUUCACCAGAAGCACCACCCACAUGGCAAUUGCUAUCAAAUCACAGUAAAAAUGUAAGCGAUUCAAUAAAAUCAUUAGUUGCCUCAAUACGUGAUAAAGCACCUGGACAAAAGGAAUGCGAUGCCGCAAUUGAGAAACUAUCGAUUCGCAUACACGAACUUGAUGAUGCAUCAUUGCGUGCUGUUUCACAAUCAUUAAUACCACAUCGUGAAAAUACAAUGCAAGGAUUCACCGAUCAAAUGGAAAGUAGCGCAAGUGAAUUACGUGAAAAAUUAGAACCAUUGAGAAAUGCUGCAAAAUAUGAGGCAGAAAAUGUUGGACAUUCUAUUAAUCAGGUUGCACUUUAUUGUGAACCAUUAAUAUCGGGUGCAAUUGGCGCUGCCUCAAAUAUGGUACACACUAAACAACAAAUGAUAUUAUUAAAUCAAACAAAAACUGUCGCUGAAUCUGUAUUGCAAUUGGUUUAUAUCACCAAGGAAUCGGGUGGUAAUCCAAAAGCAUUGAAUCUUCAUGCCGAAGUUGAUGAGACUGUUGAAUCGACAAAAGAUGCAUUACAAGAAUUACAAAAUACUUUGGAAAAUAUUUCAACGUCAAAUGGAAUUGUUACUGGAUUAAUUGAUACAAUUACAAGAGCAAUGGUUCAUUUAGAAGAUCAUAGAAUGUCAACAAUUGAUACUGUUGAUUCGUAUGUUGAUUAUCAGACAAGAAUGGUUGAGGCUGCAAAAGAAAUUGCACGAUUGGCUCAAGAAAUGUCAACCAAGUCAACAACGGAUGUGGCAAGAUUAGGACCACUUGCUGUCGACAUUUCACACAAAUAUACACAGUUAGCGCGCGAUACAUCGGGAGCAUCAGCUGCAGCAUCAAACGCUGAUGUUUCAGCAAGAUUACGUACAGGUGUUCAGGAACUUGGACGUGCUUGUGCCGAUAUUGUACGUGACGCUGGAAAUUGUCAAAUGUCACCGGGCGAUUCAUUUUUUCAACGUGAAGUGUCGGAGGAUAGUAAAAUUGUCACUGAAAAAGUAUCACAGGUACUUGCUGCAUUACAAGCUGGAUCACGUGGUACACAAGCAUGUAUAAAUGCGGCAAGUACUGUUUCGGGAAUUAUUGGCGAUCUCGAUACAACAAUAAUGUUUGCCACUGCGGGUACACUUCACGCUGAGAAUGAAGGCGAUACAUUUGCCGAUCAUCGGGAGAAUAUUUUAAAAACAGCAAAAGCACUUGUUGAGGAUACAAAAACAUUGGUAGCCGGCGCAGCAUCAUCACAGGAACAAUUGGCUGUUGCUGCACAAAAUGCCGUUUCAACAAUUGUACAACUUGCUGAAGUUGUUAAAUAUGGUGCAGCAAGUCUUGGUAGUCAUAAUCCUGAGGCUCAGGUAAUGUUGAUCAAUGCAGUAAAGGAUGUUGCGUCAGCUCUUGGGGAUUUGAUUCACGCUACAAAAGCUGCAAGCGGAAAACCUAUAAAUGAUCCAAGUAUGGCACAUCUCAAGGAUUCUGCAAAGGUAAUGGUGACAAAUGUCACGUCUCUAUUGAAAACUGUAAAAGCCGUGGAGGAUGAACAUACAAGAGGAACACGUGCAUUGGAAUCGACAAUUGAGGCAAUUGCACAGGAAAUACGUGCAUUGAGUACACCAGAAAGUCAACGUACAAAUGUAACACCAGAGGAUCUUGUACGUUGUACAAAAAGUAUAACAACAUCAACAGCAAAAGCAGUUGCCGCUGGAAAUAGUUGUAAGCAAGAUGAUAUUAUUGCAGCGGCAAAUAUGGGACGUAAAGCAAUUAGCGAUAUGUUAACAAUAUGUAAAAGUGCCGCAUAUAAUUGUGCCGAAACUGCUGAAUUACGUGAUCGUACAUUACACGCUGGUCAUGAUGUUGCAAUGAAUUAUCGUGAAUUAUUACAAGCAAUUCUUCAAAUUUCAUCAAGACCAAGUGAUGCAAAACAUACAUUGCCACCAAUAUCAAGGAAAAUUGCCCAAAGUGUCACUGAAUUAGUAGCUGUCGCUGAACUUCUCAAAGGAAGCGAUUGGGUUGAUCCUGAUGAUCCAACAGUAAUUGCUGAAAAUGAAUUAUUAGGUGCUGCAGCGAGUAUUGAUGCAGCUGCAAAAAAAUUGGCCAGCCUUCGACCAAGAAGAAGUAUUCAGGAGACAAAUGAGGAUAUGAAUUUCGAUGAAAUGAUACUUGAGGCUGCAAAAUCAAUAGCCGCUGCAACAUCGGCAUUAAUAAAAGCAGCGAGCGCAGCGCAACGUGAAUUAAUAGCAACGGGAAAAGUUGCACGAACACCAUUAACAUCAUCCGAUGAUGGUCAAUGGUCCGAGGGUUUAAUAUCAGCCGCAAGAUUAGUAGCAGCUGCCACUCAUAGUCUUGUUGAAUCAGCGAAUGCUCUCGUUCAAGGAAUUAGUAGCGAGGAAAAACUUAUAUCAAGUGCAAAACAAGUUGCAAGUAGUACUGCACAUUUACUCGUCGCCUGUAAAGUUAAAGCCGAUCCCGAUAGCGAUAGUACAAAAAGACUUCAAGCUGCCGGCAAUGCUGUGAAACGAGCAACCGAUAAUCUCGUUCGUGCCGCUCAACAAGCCAUUCAACAAGAAGAGGAACGUUCAUUAGUUCUCAAUCGUCGUAUGGUCGGUGGUAUCGCCCAAGAAAUUAAUGCCCGUUCCGAAGUACUUAGAAUUGAACGCGAACUUGAAGAAGCACGUGGUAAACUCACAGCAAUUCGUCAGGCGAAAUACAAAAAUCGAACUGAUAUUUCCGAUACUGACACUGAUGCCGAUCAAAGCGGUUACGACAGUUACAACAGCAAAUACGAAACAAAAUUCUACGAUUCGCCGAGUAAUUAUUCAACACUACAAUCAAAUACUCUAGAUCAAUCAAAUAGUCAUAUAAAUCAUAUAGUUAACGAUCGAGAGAAUCUCGUCUCUCCCGAGAAGGUUUAUUCAACACAAAGUACUUUAGAGAAAAAAAUGAAAGAAUGCAGUUUUCAAAAUUCGGACAAUCCUUAUGAAUCUGUGGAUCGAAAAUAUUCCGACAAUCAAUUUAUCGAUAAUAAAAGAUAUAUAAAUGAUAAAUAUUAUCAUGAGAAUUCACCAUGCCAGUAUAGUUCAAUUGAGAGGAAAAUUAAUCAAGAUACAUCUGAACGUUAUACACCCACACAUAGUCCCUAUCCAUCUUAUCAAACUCCUAAAAGUCCUUUAUUUGCAAAUCAAAGUCCAAGUCCUCAAUUAAAUUCAACAUUAUAUCCAAAAUCACCAACACAUUAUACCGCCUAUACUCAUGGUCAAGAAUUCAUUAAAUAUACACCCGAUCCAAAUAAUAUUCAUAAAUAUAUGAAGGACGAUCAAUAUGAAAAAUUUAUUGAAGAGGAAAAAUAUUCAAGUGAACAAAAAUCAUAUGAACAAACAAAUUUCAGUGAUCAACAACAAAAUUAUUUUCCAAAUUCUGAUAGAUUUGCAGCACCAAGUCCAAUGAGUACAUUUAAAAUGGAUAAUAAUUCUUUUAUCACAUCAACACCACAACAAAGUCAAAGUUUUAGAAAUGUUGAAAGUAAAGUUAUACCAGGCGGUAGAAUUGAGACAAUAACAACUAAAGUUUAUUCAUCAUCAACACCAACGAAUUUUGAGAGUAUCGAUGAUAAGAAAAAUGAAUUUUUAAACACUGGCAAUGAACUAUCGACAUUUAAGAAUAUCGAUAACGAAACAUUGGAACAAAAAAUGUUGAAACAAUCAAUGAUUGAGAAAAUAACUGAAAAGAAGACAAUCACGACGACUACCUCCACUCGUCAGGAAUCCAGUUCGAAGAAUUUCCGAUUUGACGACAAGUAGGUUUAAUUUUUUUUUUGUUUAGCGCACAAUAGACAAAAACGUUUCGUGUCUUCUGAUAAUUCGAAAUUAUUUUUUUGAUGAAUCUUUCUGAGGAUUCUGUCUUCCGAUGAAAAUUCUGAUGAAUCUUCAGAAAGCAAUGACAAAGGGAUAAUUUAUUUUGACAAAAGAUCUGUAAAGGUGUUAAAAUCGUCUUGGUUAAAUUAUGAAAUAAUAAGAGGAUUUUGUUAUUAACUUAUAUUAAGAAAAUCUACUUACAAUUUAAGAUCAUGUUCAAGUUAAAAGAAAAAAUUAUUUCUUUUCUCUACUAUUUACCAAAAAAAAAAAAAAAAUUAUUUUCUAAUCUAAUGAAAAUAAUUAUUCAGCAAAUUACAAAUUAUUAUUUAUAAACUAAAACAAAAUUAAUUUUUACAUUAAUUAAUUAAUUUUCAUUAAAAAAAAAAACAAGAUGUCUUGAACAUGGACUUAAUUUUGUUUUAAUUAAUAAUUUAAAACACUUUUUACGAUAUUUUUAAUUCUCUAUUUAUAAAUUUAACGAAUUUCGAUUAAUUAUUUUAAUUGUGUCCUUGUCUAAGAAAUUAAUUCUAUUAAUAACUAAAAGCAGGGAAUUUUUGAAUUAUUAAUUAAUAAUUAAUAAGAGUAAAUAGUUUCGAUUUCGUGUUCGCUUUUUAGCAAGAUUAUUAUUUUAUUUUUUUAGUUUUUAACCGUGUAAUUAACGUUAGGAUUAUAUUAUAUAAAUAUAUAUAUAGGUAUAAUAGUGAAUGGAGCCUUAGCCGCGCGGCCUUAGAUAAUUAUUAAUUAUUAUUAUUAUUAUUAUUACAAUUUAGAUAAGUGCCCUUAGAAACGAAACGUGCUUUCGAAUUAUAGCCUUACAACUUAAACGAAAUUUUCAAAGAUAACUCGAAAAAAAAAUUCCAAUUCGAAAAUAUUUACAAUUUUCGAAAUUCAAAUUGUUGUUAAAAAAUUUAGAUAUUCUUUUUAUUUAAACACGAAUUUUGAAUAAGUUGUCGGUAUUUUUUUUUUUUUUAUUUUAAUUUUAAUAUUACUUAUAUUUUACAAAUUCUCUUUUUAAAUUAAAUUUUUAAUUUAAGGCCACACGUAUUAACAAGAGAAGCAACAUAUCAUUUAAUUUUAUUAAUUUUCCAAAUCCGUGAGAAAAAUUUGAAAAAAAAAAUAAACCACGGAUUUUCCACUAACACUUCCGCUUUCUUGACUAACAUUCUUUUUUUUUUUUCUUGUCAAUUUCGUAAUUGCCCUCUUAUUCUCUAGGCCUUUUUCUUUUGCUAUCUUUUUUUCUGUUUUUUUGUGUUUUUUCAACGAGACUUAUUUAGCCUUCGUGAAAAAUAAAAAAAGUGCAAUCACAUAGGCAUUUUAAAUUUUUAAAAAAAACUAAUGUUACUAGAAUGUAAAAUCUAAAUUUUAUCAUAAAUUUUGUUCUAGUUUUAGAAAACUUUAUUUUUUUUGAGCAAAAAAAAAAAAAAAAAUGUUUUAUCAAUUGUUAUUUUAAAAAUAUACACCAAAAAAUCAAUGCUUUACUAAUAAAGUUACACUGAAAAUGAAACGACCAAAAAAUGCUUUUUCCAUCGUUUUUUGAAAAAUAUAUUCUGUUUUUGUAAAAAAAAAAAGAAAGAAAAAUUAAAAAAAAAAAUAAAUGGAAAAAAGCGUGUCAUGGUCAAUGAAAGUUUAUUUGAGACUAACGGAUAUAUAUAUAUAUAUAUAUUAUGGAAAUAUUAUUAAUAUUCUACAAUAUAUUAUAAUAAUAAUAUUAUUACUAUUAUUUUAUUAUUAUAUUGUAUUAUUGAAAAAUUUCUAUUGUUAACGCGUAACAAGUGAAUGUGAUUGUGUUUACAAUAAUCGUAAUUUUUUUUUUUUUUUUUGAAAAUCUAACGAUUUUUUUGAUCGUUUUGAUCGUAACGAAGUAGAUGGGAGAAAGAUUGUUACGAAAAUCUAUUGUGCUGCCGUCUUUAUUAUCCAUUAUUAUUAUUAAUAAUUUUAUUACCAUCUUUGUAAUAAUGGCGUUCUUCCUUACACACGAGACGAAAAAAAAAAAGAAAUUGUACAUUUUAAAAAUAAUAAAAUAUUUCUAACAAUUUA